AUGGCCAAAGAAAAAUUGCCCUCUGCUAUAUCUUCAGCCCUCUACAGGAAAUUUUUGGAAGACAAGGAAAACCUAAAGGAAAUCGAACAGGAAAAAAAGGAGAAAGGAAAAUUGAUUAGGAAACAAAAAAUUGAAGAGAAAACUCUAGUUAAAAAACAAAGUAAGAAGAAGAAUCCGAGGGAAAAUAACAAAAAAAUUGAAAAGAGUAAGAAUAAAGGCGAACAACAGAAAAUCGACGAUGGAAGGGAAAAUGGUGAAGAAGAAGAAGAGGAUGAGAAAGAAAAUGACGAUAUGUCUAGAAUUUUAUGUUCUGCCUGUGAGGAAGAACUCAUCAGCGACAUCGAAGAUGACGACUUGAAAAAUGUGGGCUGUGAUCGAUGCAUUAGAUGGUUUCACCUUAUGUGCACCGAGUUCGUUGGUUUGCCGUAUAAUGAAGUGGCUGAGAGAGAUUUCACUUGCUCCUUCUGCUCUUGA